UUUGCAUUAUUAACAUUUAUUAUGGCUAGUUGUAAGGUUUGUAGUUCCCAAGGCUCCGGAUGCCGCUGUGCCCAGAACAGUUCAUUUUGAUUUCCCGAAAAUAUAUACACUGAAGAUUAUAUAUGCACUGCACUUGCACGAGCUUUACUCUGGAUUAUUUCACCACGUGCUGACAUUACUCCCCAUGCUGUAGAGUAAUUUAAAAACUUUCAGGGAUUAAUUUGAGAAAGUGAAAGGUCACACGCAAUUGUCAUCCUGCCCAAUAAAAAUAAUUUCAAUUCCGAAAAAUGACCAAUCGUAUGCUACCCAAUAUUCUUGUUACUGGUACUCCGGGAGUGGGUAAAUCCACUCUAUGUACUCAACUACAAGAAAGAACUGGUAUGGAAUGGUUGGAAGUGAGUAGAAUCGCCAAAGAAAAUAACUGCUUGGAGGAGUAUGAUGAAGUGUACAAAUGUCCCGUAUUGGAUGAAGAAAGGGUUCUUGAUGAAAUGGAAGAUAAAAUGGAAGAAGGUGGAAAAAUUGUGGAUUAUCAUGGCUGUGACUUUUUCCCUGAAAGAUGGUUCGACAUUGUCUUCGUUUUGAGAACCAACAACACAGAAUUAUAUGAUAGGCUUGUUCGCAGAGGGUACAGUGGAAAGAAACUAGAAGACAAUGUGCAGUGUGAAAUAUUUCAAACUAUUCUUGAAGAAGCUGCUCAGUCCUACCAACCUGACAUAGUGAACGUGUUGCAAAAUGAUUCAAUGGAUCAAUUGGAGGAUAAUACCAACAGAAUUUGUGCCUGGAUUGAAACCUGGAAGGCAAAUAGAAAUGCAGGCUAAAGUAAAUUUGUUUCCGAAUAUGAGACUGGCCCAGUCCAAUUUUGAAAGACACAAAAACAAACAUGCAGGAAGUUGCAACAAUGUUUGUUAUAGUGUAUAAUUAAUUUUGUAUUGAUUACAUUGUACACCAUUUGCAACUGUGCUUCUCGUGUCUAUGAAACAGUUCUUAUCCAUUGAUGGAUAAUGUGAGGGGUUCAAGUUUUCAGUGAUAUUCAAUGUAAAUAUAUUACGUUCUUAAUUAUUGAAAUUUAUCUUUGGUUCAUUAUGUUAGCUCAAGUUAUUUGUUUGUCUGCACUUAUUUGUUGUUGUUUUUUCUUCUUCUUUUUAUUUCUUUAUCUGUAAUGCAUUCUUUUGUACAUAUCCAUGAAUUCUGAGUAAAAAUUAUAGCCUCUUAAAAUGCUUGUCUGUAUUUAAUUGGCUUAAUAAUUAAGUUAUUAUUUCUAUUAAUGGCAAGGCUGAGGCCAGCUCGUGAACAUAAUAAUUAGCUGCUUAUAUUAUUUUAAAAUUAGGGGACCAGCUGAGUUACCUCAGGGCAACAAUGGUGCAACUGUAGCAACUGACUGUAGGUCCUAGGUUUUGAGUCCCAUGGUGGCAGAUUUUGUUACACUGGUCCAAUUCAGCCGUUGUCUGGAGGAGAAUUUCAGUAGCCGACUGCUCUUAGCGGUUUUCCUUGGUUUCUCCAAUCAAUGCCUGGUGAAUGCAGGAGCUGAAUGCUACAAAUGGGCCAGACCUUUCCUUCCUCAUUCUUGACCCAUUUCCUCCCCUUACACACACACACACACACACUUACUAGGACUAAGAGACUGCGUGUCAAAAGACCAGUCAGGCGUUUAGAGCUUGUCCUGAGCCACCACCACGUCACAAAAUAUAAUGUACACACUUAUGGGAAUAAUGACCAUGUCAAUUCACAUGCCCAGAAAAACAAAAUAAUAAAAUGAUAUGGGGCGUAGGUCCACAACAAACUUGCUCAACAUAUAUGUAUGCUCAUGCGUGGCUUGAAAAAUAAACUUCAAUUUUAUUUCAAAAAUA